AUGUUGUUUCUUGCUUUAUUUAUUUUAUGUCUGACGGUAAACUCAGAUUCCACAAAAUUCACUUUAUCUGUGAUUCCGGCCAAUCAACCAGUACUUAUUGGUCAAAAAGUGAUUCUGAUAUGUCAGGUGCAAGGGAUACCAUUUCCCAUGCAAUAUGCAGUUUUGUUUAAGCGUAAGGAAAAGCUGAUCUCAGAGAAAUGUCAUGUUUACGAAGAACAAAAAUAUCAUCUUGUCUGUGAACCGAAUGAUUGGCAAAGAGCACAUACUUAUGAAUUGCAUAUUAAGUCUGUUUCUUGGGCAGAUCGAGGUGAUUGGUUAUGUAUUUAUGCAGCAAAUAUGACUAGACAAUCUCUUGAAGUAUAUGCACCGGCGAAACUAGAAAAGAUGGGAGUGUCAAGUUUAGCCUUACCUAUGGCUAGUGGUAAAGAAAGUAUUGUAAAAGAAUUUGGUUUACCUUCUGGAAUAUCAUCUCCUUCAGCUGGAUCACACUCUGCUUCUUCAUCCUCUUCUGCUUCUUCUUCGUCAUUAUCUUUGGCUACAGCAGGGAUGGACUCAACUUUGUCAGUUGUUGGUACACCGCCAAGCCAGUAUAUUGGUUUAGGGACUCGUACAAAUCCGUAUGAUUUGCGCCCAGGUUUAGGAAUACAACUUACCUGUGAAACAACUUGUGGACAUCCUCGUGCCAAUAUAACCUGGCUAGUUACAAAUGAGACAAUGACUAAAGGAAUUUCACCUACAACUGCAAAUAUAAUAAGUUAUGAUCGGUGUAACAGUUCAUUGAAUACAAUUCAUAUGACAACAACUAUAUCACAUUUACAAGUUCAGUGUUCACAAUUCGAUAUUAUUGGUCUAAAUCAAAUUCAAUGUUCAGUUAGCGGACCACAAUACAAAGAUAUCUUGUUAACAAGACAUGUUUAUAUAUUAUGUCCUGAUAAACUCGAUAUAAUAAAACAAACAAUACCAACAAAUGAAAUCAGUAAAGAACGUGUUCGACGACGCGGUGAAAGACCAAUGCGUUUAACAAGCGGUGAAGUUGUCUGUAUAGCUGUGGGCGCUGCAUUAGCCUUAAUUCUUAUAUUCAUUGGUUGUAUUGUCCUACGAAACAAUGGAAAGUCGUCAUCAUUAUCAUCACCGUUAUCAUUUCAUGGUCAUAUACCUGGUCAACGUGUUUAGAGACAAGAAGAGGAAGAGAGGUGACCAAUUACUCUAAGUGAUUUUCCUUGUGCUUUUGAAAUGUUAUCAGCUGUUUGUUUGUUUUUUCACUUUUUGCAUAUGAUUUUUACUUUAAGUUUUUCACUAUUCUGCCGACCCUUUUUUCUUCAUUUCACUGCAUACUACUAACAAUAGUAGUAGAUUAUACAUAUCUAAGUAAUAUUAUAAAUGGUAUUCAAUACAUCUAAAUCCGUUCAGUUUUGACAAUCUGUACUCAGUGCAUUUAUUGUGCAUCAACUAAUACAAUGUUUGUUCUUUCUUUUGGCAAUGAAUGAAAUAUAUGCGAUUUGUCCAUUUAUAACUGAUCGUUACUCACAGUAGUAAUCGUGUUACCUAAUCCUCUCUCCUUUUCCCUUUUUGUUUUUUCCCUCUCUUGACAACAAUCAUGAUAAGCAUUUGUUUAAUAUUCCUUGUUUUGUUUUAUUUCAUUAUUUUCCAAUUGAUCUCACGUGUUGUGUCCCAUUGUGUUGUUGUUAUUGCCUUGGUCUAAAUUCUUUCUAUAUCCAUUUCUACUGUUUGACUGCUUUUCUACUUGUAACUAAUUUGCUCAGUGAAUGUUUUUGUUUUUACUUCAUAAAAAUAAUCUCGUUUUCACUACAUUUACGGCAUUUGUACCAAAAUAACACCAAAAAUGUCAAUACAUUAUCAUUGUUAGCGGUGUUUUAUCGAGAUGACUGGGAAAUCACACACGCACAUACACAAAUACGCUCAUGCAUAACCAAUCCUGUUGAUAUUUCUCAUUGUUGUGA